AUGACUUGCUUGUCUAACGACAGUAGCUGCCAGAUUCCACGGCCAACGUCAAAAUCACGAUCGCUUCAUUUCAAAACGCGACAUCUCUUCGUCGUCCUAGCGAGCGCGGAGCCCACUGUGUCAGCUGUCAUCGACGAGGCGCGCAGCUACCCCGCCCUUGGCAGCAGCUCCCAACAGCUUCACAUCAACACCGGCGAAAACCCCAAAAUCACCGUCGACUCAAUACCAGGCCUGAGGUGGAACCGAUCCUCUGCUGCGUUCAAUUGCAUGCGCACCGUGGCGGUCCGCGCAUUGCGGCUGCCCGACGGCCAGACAUUCACCGUCCAGCCUGUUUUCGCCGGCCUUUUCUUCAAGAGCCAUGAGCUCAACAAAAACCACCAGUCUCCCUUUCCCAUAGGUUGGACAAUUGUUAUCCAUACCGAGGACGAUGGCAGGCCCAGCGAUGACGACGCCAUGGUGGUCGACCGCGCCGACAAGCACGAGAACGGCGUCGCUCGCCGAUCCCACAUCCAUUCCUUCGCCAAGCCCACUUUGCAGAAUGACAGCCUCUAUAUCUCCUCCAUAUCGAACCCCUCCUCCGCCAACUUCAAGCCCGCUGCCUCGCCUACACGCCAGAUCGCAAUGAUCCUGUGGAUCACCCUCUACUGGUACUUCCACCAGCCCGCCCCGUCCAAGACGCUCCCUGCCAACGAGAAUUCGAUACACUGCUGCCGAGGGCAGACCAAGGGGAGACUGGCGGAUAAACAUAAAAAGAGACGGAUGGGAUCGUCAAUGGACGACACCAGCUUGGAGUGGGCCAACAUGUUCGUGUCUCAGAAGAUGUUCUGGCAAAUCCCAGGCCGCCUGUUCCUCUUCACCCUUCAGCCCGCCAGCAAACCCACAAGCUCCCACCCUGGGUCGCCAAUCUCGUCGAGGCCGACCAGCCCCGUCUGGAACGACAGCACCACGAGCCCACAGCAGCCCAAGUCCCCGAGCUUCCACCUCAAUGCCGACCUCCCAGGUGCGCCACCGCCACAGACAGUAGUCACGGUCCCCAGCUUCCCCAUCGGCCCCUUCUUCUCCUCCUCGCAUCUGCCCACCUACUACCCACCGGGCCCCCUCCACUAUACCUUCAGCAACAACAUCCGCCACCCCGUGCGACCCAAGCCUCCACGCAUGGGCGAGGUCUUCUACACCCGUUUCAUCCCGAGCGUUGGGAAGUACCUAUCCUUCCGCGUCGCCUCUUCCUCGCCAAAGCCGGUCCCCUACCUCGGGCCUGUUUCCGACCCGCCCGCGGAGGAACAUCACCUCAAAACUCUUUGCGACAUUGUCCUGGUCCAGAUGUGGCUGUCGAACCCGCGCGUGGCCAAGUUCUGGGGUGGAUAUGUGCCCAACUUCCUGACCAACGCGCUCGCGAGCAGGCACAGCUUCCCGGCCAUCGGGAUGUGGGACGGCGUGCCUUUCGGCUAUUUCGAGAUUUACUGGGUGAAAGAGGACGGUUUGGGGCGGCACAUCGAUGUCGACGACUGGGACCGAGGGCUGCACCUAUUCAUCGGCGAGGAAUGGGCGCGUGGUAUAGUGCAGUCGUGGCUGGGUGCCCUGGUCCACUGGAUAUUCUGUGCCGACUACAGGACCCAGAGCGUGUGCAUCGAGCCAAGGGUUGACAACGAGAGGUUCAUACAACAUCUUCAGACCGGUGGAUUCAUCAAAGAGAAGGAGGUGACCUUUCCCCAUAAACAGUCAUGGUUUGGGCGGCUGAGAAGGGAGAAUUGGGAAGGCCCUUCACUAUAA